GGUGUCAGCGGCCCAUGUGGUUCAGUACAGAGAGAGAGAGAGUUCUAGAAGAUCCAGCAGAAGAUCAGAACCUCCAGCAGCUCCAGCAGCAGCAGCUCUACAGCAGAAGAACCAGCCGGGACUGAGCCCCACUGAUCCUGUCGCUAUAAUUAUAAAUAUUCAUAUUUCUGAGAGAUUUAUUAGAGAUUAAAAAUGCUGAAUGCUGGAAGAACAGUGUGCAGGAUGGUCUCCGGAUCCUCCAGCUCUGUAGCUCCUCUGGUGAAGAAGGCUUGCUGGAAUGGACUGCUCGAACAUCCCCUCCGGGCGGCCGCCAGACGAGAAUAUGCUUCAGAAGCAAUCAAAGGAGCUGUGAUUGGCAUUGACCUAGGGACCACGAACUCCUGUGUAGCAGUUAUGGAUGGGAAACAAGCAAAGGUCCUUGAAAACGCAGAGGGUGCACGCACAACCCCGUCAGUGGUGGCCUUUACUGCUGAUGGAGAGAGAUUGGUGGGCAUGCCAGCAAAAAGACAAGCAGUCACCAACCCCAAAAACACACUUUACGCCACCAAGCGUCUGAUUGGACGGCGCUUUGAAGACGCAGAAGUCCAGAAGGAUUUGAAAAAUGUUCCAUUUAAGAUCGUGCGGGCGUCUAACGGGGAUGCUUGGAUAGAAGCCCACGGAAAGCUGUACUCCCCCAGCCAGGUCGGUGCCUUUGUCCUGAUGAAGAUGAAGGAAACUGCAGAGAGCUACCUGGGCCAUAAUGUGAAGAAUGCAGUUGUGACUGUACCUGCCUAUUUUAAUGACUCCCAGAGACAGGCUACUAAAGAUGCUGGUCAGAUCUCCGGCCUGAACGUCCUCAGAGUCAUCAACGAGCCGACGGCAGCCGCUCUGGCGUACGGACUCGAUAAGACUCAGGACAAAGUGAUUGCGGUUUAUGAUCUGGGCGGCGGUACGUUUGAUAUCUCCGUGCUGGAGAUACAGAAGGGAGUGUUUGAGGUGAAAUCUACUAAUGGAGACACAUUCCUGGGAGGAGAGGAUUUUGAUCAGCACUUACUGCAACAUAUAGUGAAGGAGUUUAAAAGAGAGUCCGGUGUGGAUCUCACCAAAGAUAACAUGGCACUGCAGAGGGUACGAGAGGCAGCGGAGAAGGCCAAGUGUGAACUUUCCUCCUCUCUGCAGACCGACAUCAACCUGCCUUACCUGACCAUGGACAGCUCUGGUCCCAAACACUUGAACAUGAAGCUGACCCGGGCCCAGUUCGAGGGCAUUGUGUCGGACCUGAUCCGCAGGACAGUGGCGCCCUGUCAGAAAGCCAUGCAGGACGCUGAGGUUUCCAAGAGUGAUAUUGGAGAGGUGCUGCUGGUGGGAGGAAUGACCCGCAUGCCGAAGGUUCAGCAGACGGUGCAGGAUCUGUUUGGCCGCGCUCCGAGUAAAUCCGUAAACCCAGACGAGGCUGUGGCUAUUGGUGCAGCGAUCCAGGGAGGAGUUCUGGCCGGUGAUGUGACGGACGUGCUGCUGCUGGACGUCACGCCUCUGUCUCUGGGUAUCGAGACGCUGGGAGGCGUCUUCACCAAACUCAUCAACAGGAAUACAACCAUUCCCACCAAGAAGGGCCAGGUGUUCUCCACAGCUGCUGAUGGUCAGACUCAGGUUGAAAUUAAAGUUUGUCAGGGUGAGCGAGAGAUGGCGGCCGAUAACAAAAUUCUUGGACAGUUUACUCUGGUUGGGAUCCCUCCAGCUCCCCGUGGCGUCCCACAGAUCGAAGUCACCUUUGAUAUCGAUGCCAAUGGAAUCGUUCAUGUUUCAGCUAAAGACAAGGGCACUGGACGUGAACAGCAGAUUGUUAUCCAGUCUUCCGGCGGUCUCAGUAAGGACGAUAUUGAGAACAUGAUCAAGAAUGCAGAGAAGUACGCUGAGGAGGACAGGAGGAGAAAGGACCGGGUUGAGGCUGUAAACAUGGCUGAGGGUAUUGUUCACGAUACAGAGUCAAAAAUGGAGGAGUUCAAGGAUCAGCUUCCUGCAGAUGAGUGCAACAAACUGAAAGAAGAAAUCACUAAAGUACGAGACCUGCUGUCGCGGAAGGAGACGGAGACCGGCGAGAACAUCAAACAGGCCGCCACAAACCUGCAGCAGGCGUCUCUAAAGCUCUUCGAGGUGGCCUACAAGAAGAUGGCAUCAGAAAGAGACAGCAGCAGCAGCAGUUCGAGCGGAUCAGAAACCGGAGAGAAGAAGGAAGGACAGCAGUAGAGCUUCUUCACUAUCAGUCCGUCGGCUGAUGAGCUUGGGAUUAUAAACUGUCUUGAGCAGAAAUUCGCACUCAUAUUCUCAUACUGUGUUUUUGCAGUAUCAAAUAUAUAAAGUUCAUUAGUGUUCACUAUAUUGCUGCCCCUCCCCCUCCUUCCUCUCCCUCUAAACCUUAUUUGUCUUAUCAUCUAUAUGAAAGAUUCUUUUUUUUUCUGAUGUUAAUUAUUAUAUAAUGUGAUUUAGUCAUUGAAUUUUGGUCUGUUUUUCCACUUAGAGAAGCUUUGUAUUAAAAUCAUAAAGUUAUGGAACUCAUAAUAUACUGUCUGUCUAUGUUUAAGGAGGUAUGAGUGUGUUUGAGCAUUGUGUAAAGAACAGAACUGUACUUAUUUGUCUGUUUAUUCUGCAAUUUUUAUCUGUGCUGAUGGUUGAAUGUUUAGGAUGAUGGAUUAAAGUGUCCCUGUGCUGAUAA